AUGCCACCCCGAAUAAACAUCCCGCCAGUAACGCGGAUUGGCCUCAUUGUGUUAGGGCUGCAGUCGGUACUGAGCGCAGCAAUCCGCUAUCGACAGUGGACCGCCGACUCGGAAAUCGUGCUGCCAUACCUGACCCUUGUCCCGCAACUUUCACUCGUCUACCCGUGGACGUUCCUGACAACAACACUCGUCGAGAGCAACGUCUUCACUUUAUCCAUCGCCUGCAUCACACUCUACCAUGGUGGUCGCUAUCUGGAGCGCGCCUGGUCCUCUCGCGAGUUCGCCAAAUUCCUGCUCAUCACAGCCCUCAUCCCUAAUGUUCUCUGCUUUGGUACUUUGAUUCUCUUCUUUGCCGUGACACGGCAUGAGCGAUGGACGCUCACGACUAUCGCCGGCACCAUCCCCUUCCAGAUUUCCUUCCUCGUCGCAUUCAGCCAGCUGGUCCCAGCACACACCGUGACGCUCUUCAGGGGCCUCCUCUCGCUGCGCGUUCCCCGCUUCCCGCUUCUCUACAUCGGGCUCGUCACGCUUCUCUGCCUUACCCCCAUGCUCACAAUCGCCUCAUUCCUCCUCGCCGUUUACGGCUUCCUGGUGAGCUGGACCUACCUACGCUUCUACAAGGUCGCAUUUCCCGACCUCGACACCUCCCAGUCGAGUUCCCUCCGCGGCGACGCCAGUGAGACUUUCGCCAUCGCCGAGUUCUUCCCGAGCCCCGUGCGGCCCCUCGUUUCCACCAUCUCAGACCAAGUUUUCAACAUGCUUGUAGCUAUGCGCCUGUGUGUUCCCUUCAGCGCCGCUGACAUCUCCGCUGCCCGCGGCGACCAUCACCAUACCUUCUCACACCGCGGUGUGCCGGGAAGUGCCCGCGCCGAGGCCGAGAGGAGGAGGGCACUUGCGCUGAGAGCGCUCGAUCAGCGUCUCCAUGCUGCCACCGCAAAUGCGGCGGCUCGCGCACAGAGCGCUCCAGUGCCGCCGGCAGUCGUGCCGCCCAUCCCUUCGGCUACGGGACCGACCGUGCAGAGCCAGCCGCAAGCGACACCGCCCAACGCCAUGAGGGCGCAAGCUGCGGGUGGGAACGGGUUGCUGGGCGAGACGAAUUAUGACCCUGAUGCCGAUUCGGAUAAGAACGGCCCCUGA